GCGGGUGUCCGGCGGCGGCGGCGGGGUGACCGGCGUCUCGUGUGUGAGGGUGCGACUGAGCGCGUGUGCCCAGUGCCCAGCACCAUGCCCGGACGCUGGCUGGCCUUUCCCCGGCUGUUGCCGCCGCCACGGCAGCUGCUGCUGCUGCUGCUGCUGAGCGGAGGCAGCGGCUGGGGCUUCGCGUCCUGGGCCCGGGCAGAGGAGGCUGCGGACUCCCUGAGCACCGAGGGAGCAGACGGAGAGGACCCACAUGCCAAGCACCUGUACACGGGAGACAUGUUCACCCACGGCAUCCAGAGCGCCGCGCACUUCGUCAUGUUCUUCGCGCCUUGGUGUGGACACUGCCAGCGGCUACAGCCAACUUGGAAUGACCUGGGAGAUAAAUACAAUAGCAUGGAAAAUGCAAAGGUGUAUGUUGCAAAGGUGGAUUGCACAGCAGAUGUUGAAAUAUGCUCUUCACAGGGUGUUAGAGGAUAUCCCACCUUAAAGUUUUUCAAACCAGGCCAAGAAGCUGUGAAAUACCAGGGUCCUAGGGAUUUCCAGACUUUAGAAAACUGGAUGCUGCAGACACUUAAUGAAGAGCCAGCUACACCAGAGCCUGAACCAGAAUUGCCAACAGCCCCAGAACUCAAGCAGGGACUGUAUGAGCUCUCAGCAGCCAACUUUAAACUACAUGUUGCAGAAGGCAAUCACUUUAUCAAAUUCUUUGCCCCGUGGUGUGGCCAUUGUAAAGCUUUAGCUCCAACCUGGGAACAGCUGGCCUCAAGUCUUGAACAUUCAGAAGUUGUCAAGAUUGGCAAGGUUGAUUGUACACAGCAUUAUGAGCUCUGCUCUGGAAAUCAAGUACGUGGCUAUCCCACACUUCUGUGGUUUAGGAACGGUGAAAAGAUUGACCAGUACAAAGGAAAGAGGGAUUUUGAUUCUCUAAAAGAAUAUGUGGAGUUGCAGCUUCGAAGUGUUGGAGGAGAAACUGUCGAAGCUGCUGAGGCCCCAGAACUUGCUGCAGAACCUGAGAGUGCUGUGCUCUCUCUCUCUGAAAAGGACUUUGAUGACAUCAUUGCUGAUGGAAUAACUUUUGUCAAGUUUUAUGCUCCAUGGUGUGGUCAUUGUAAGAAUCUGGCUCCUACAUGGGAAAGCCUCUCCAAAAAGGAAUUCCCUGGCUUGACAGGGGUCAAGAUUGCAAAAGUAGAUUGUACUGUCGAACGAGCUAUUUGCAGCAAAUAUUCGGUACGAGGCUACCCGACAUUGCUGUUCUUCCGUGCAGGAGAAAAAAUCACUGAACACAACGGAGCUAGAGACCUUGAAACAUUAUACAACUUUGUUCUGCGACAGGCAAAAGACGAAUUGUAGAAUCUCAAUUGGGAGUCAUUUCCCUGAUUGUUCUUCUCUGCCCAAAUUGUAGGAGUUAAUCCAUGCUAAUGUUACUGAGUCUCAAAUGGUGGUUAUUUGGAAAAUUGAAUGUACUAAAUUUGUGAUAUCUUUUGUGUGUCUGUGUUUUUUAAGCCAACACACUGUAUUGAUUAUUGGGUUUGUCUGGGUAAAUAUUUAACAAAUAGAUACUGUGCAAACUGAAUAUUUUCAGUGGCAGUAGAACAAUAGCAAUAACUGCCCUUUGACCUUUCUUUGAUGAAAUUCAAAUGGUUUUCUUUAGAGGUGAGAAAAUCAAAUUAAGGAAACAGGCAGAUUCUUUUUGACUUUAAGAUAAUCUGGGUCAAAAAAAAGCAACUGCCAAAGUAUAGUUUGAAUUGCCCACAGUUGCUAGAAAUGUGGGAACCCAUAGAACUCCUAUUGUUGCCUUUUAAAGUAAAACUUGCCACUUAUUAAUAAGACUUGAUAACUUGCUUGAAAAAGAGUUUAAAGCUCAAAUUCCUCCCACCUUUGGAAAAUCCUGAAAUGCCACCAUGGGAUUCUCAUUUCUGUUCCUGUUUCACGGGAGGUUAGCCAAAAUGAAAGUGAUGGUACUUUUAACCUGUGCCUGAGUAAGAUUAUGUGAUGCCAUAUUGUAUGUGUGUAUGUGUCUCUACAUGUCAGGUGAAUUGUUAUUCAAGAUUCUCUCAUUUGUUCCUUAGGGGGCAAAAAUUACACUGCUUCAUUUCUCUUUACUUGAAGCUAGAGUAUUCUCAAACUUUAAAGUUUGAUUAUUCUACUCAUAGAGGAGUAGGAGAGGUAUCAAAAAGCCUUUUAAAAAGUAUCUAUAAAAUUCUCUUCAAAUUUGGAAAAGGGCUUUUUUUGGAAACUUUGAAAAUAGCCCUAAGCAUAUUCUAUUAAUACAUUUUUUAAACUCCUUAAUAAAGAUUCAGAUUAUACUCUUCACCUGAAAAAAAAAAAGGUAAUUAGCAGAGUGGCCUUUUGUUUGAUCAUUAAAUUAGGUGUAGUUUUUUAGGUGAGGAGAGAAAGGACAUGAAAUAUUGCUGCAGUUUCCUAAAUGUAGAACCAUAAUUAGGAUAAGCUGAUCAGGGCUUUGCCCUACCGAGCACUGAAAUUUAAAGGGCAGAAAAAUUUUAACACAUCUACUUAGGGUAGAUGCUGCUGUAAUAAUUGCUUCUUUGUGUUCAAUUAAAUUCAUAGUAUAUGUAUUAUUUUUCAUAUUGUAAAUUCACAAAGUUGAUUUGAAGGCUAUUUUGUUCUACAUACAUAUUUUGUGCUCCUUGCUCUUUUGGCCAGAAAUUGCUAGUUUCAGCUCUAUGUGUGAUCUCUCAAAAAAUUCCCUAAAAAUGUAAGUGAUUCUUUAAGAGAUUUAAUUGGAAUAUGGA